AGAUUAAAACGAGUAUAGGGUAGUGUAGCACAAAUUAUAAACGUUUUAAAAUGGCAUAUAAUUCCGGUAGUCCGUAUAGAGGAGCUCCACAACAACAACAACAACAACAAUACAACAACGCAGCGCCGGGACCGGAUCAAGGUUUUCUUUGGAAUAUAUUUCAGAGAGUGGACAAGGACAGGAGCGCCGUGAUAUCAGACACAGAGCUGCAGCAGGCCUUAUCAAACGGUACAUGGACCCCAUUCAACCCAGUGACGGUCCGAUCAAUCAUAUCCAUGUUUGACAGGGAGAACAAAGGAGGGGUGAACUUCAAUGAGUUUGCGGGCGUGUGGAAGUACAUCACGGACUGGCAGAACAUCUUCCGCACCUACGACAGAGACAACUCGGGCUUCAUCGACAAGAACGAGCUGAAGCAGGCACUGACUGGAUUCGGGUAUCGUCUCUCAGACCAGUUCUACAAUACUCUCAUAGAGAAGUUUGACAGGCAGAGGAAGGGACAAGUGGCCUUCGAUGACUUCAUCCAGUGUUGUAUUGUUCUACAGAGGUUGACCGACGUGUUCAGGAGGUACGACACGGACCAAGACGGCUGGAUCCAGGUUUCCUAUGAACAGUAUCUAUCCAUGGUGUUCAACGUUGUAUAGUAAAGACAAGAGCAGAACUGGACACAAUUGUGCCAAAGCCAAAUCCUUCCCACCUCCACAACAUGUCUUCCUGGAUAAAGAUGACCAAAACACAAGUGGACUGGGACUCUGGGUUAGGAUAUAACAACAUUACGUACUGUCUGUCAUUGUUCAUAAUGUUUGUUUUAAUAUCUGAAUCUUAUCUUGAUAAUGGUAAAGGCCUGAAUAUCUGUGUUAAGGUAAACCUGCAUUGUACAUAUCAUUUAGGACAAAUAACUGCAUGCUUCCGGGGGACUUCUGCCAAUGUUCAAAGCAUGCCCUCUAUCUCAGAUCUAUUUUGCUGAAGCCAUGUUUACAAACACUGUGACAGCAGGUUAUGGUGGGGCACAAAGCCUGCUUUUAGAUUCACUGACAUGCCAGCCAACGCCAUAUUUCUAUAGUCUUAUUUUUAAUCAACAAAUGCAUUUAAAAAAAAAGUUAGAGCCUAUUAGGAUUUUAGGUAAAAUAAGCGUAUGCUUUUGUAUCGCUUUUUUUGUGUGUGUGCAUGAUGCCUUAAACUGUAUAAAUGCAAGAUUAACAUCUUUUGUUAAAAAAGAAACC